AUGUUGUUUCAGUCAUUAUUUACAGAUUACACAAGUGAUGUGAUUGCAACCGCUGCUUUUGGUGUAGAAACUACCGCCACCCUCACAGGAAAAGACCCUAUCAGAACUGUGGCCAAGACCCUAAUGACCGUCGACUGGUACAAAGGAUUAUGUUGGAGUACUAUAUUUUUCUUUCCGAAAUUGGCGGAAUGUUUGAGAUUUCCAGUAUUUCCUGAAUCAUCGACUCAGUUCUUUAAGAAAGUAUUUGAAACUGUUUCAAAGCAAAGAAGAGACAAUGGAAUAAAGGACAUAAAAGAUUUACUUGACGCUUUACUUAAGCUUAAGGACGAUGAUUUAGAAAAUAAACAAGGGUAUACCGAUAACGAUAUUUGGGCCCAGGCUCUGACAUUUCUAUUUGCAGGUUCUGAAACCUCAAGUUCUGUUUUGAGUUUCAUUUUGUAUGAAUUAUCAUUCCGACCACAACUACAGGAGAAAAUGUUUGAAGAGUUAAUAGAGGCGAAGAAAAGUCAAAACGGUUCCUUGGAUCUCACUAUACAAGCUGAUUUAAAGUAUUUAAACUGUGUUUUUAAUGAAGCGUUACGCAUGUAUCCUCCCCUGGGAUGGCUGGACAGAGAGACAAUAAAUGACUAUAAGAUAGACGAGAACCUGACUAUACCCGCGGGAACACCGAUUUAUGUCAACGGGAUUGGAAUGCAGUACGACAGCGACAUUUAUCCGGACCCUGAGACCUUUAACCCCGAAAGGUUUUUGCCCGAGAAUGAGAAAGACCUGAAGCCAUUCACUUAUAUGCCAUUUGGAGAGGGCCCAAGGAGCUGUAUAGCAAAGAGGUUCGGUCAGAUAUCAGUGAGAAACGCUAUGUCACACUUAAUACUAAAUUUCAAGUUUAAACCACUGCCGGGAGCACCGAAGCCUUCAGAGGUGAAAUACGAAAAUAAACAUCUCCUUCUGGUACCUGGAGAAAGCCUUUUUAUCGAUUUUGAACCAAGAAAUGUAUCUUUCGGUUUAUAA